AUGAAUCUCUCACUCACCUUCACCUUGUCCAAGCUGCGCGUUGCGACUCUUAGCAUGGCAUCGAAACCCCCCGAGGUCAGUGCUGCAGACAAACAGUGGCUCACUUUCCGACAAAAGCACGAAGCUGAACUUAAGGGCUUCCAACGGUAUGCGACGGAGUCUUUUGCCAAAUUUCAAGACAACGUCAACAAGGAGCGAGCAAUUAUUCUCGCAAAACACCAGAAAGAAGAGGAAGAGUUCUGGAGCAAGGCCAACGCGGCAGCAAAUAGGGAGAAGAAAAACAUUGGUAACACGGCUACUGGGCCUAAGACGGGUGUCCAGAGUCAGGCAAAUCGUCGCCCAGCUGCUGCACCACCGAGAGCUGCUCCCACCAUCAAGAAGACGCCGGCGCCGAGGCCCAAAGCACCAUCCAUAUCUAAGCCAGCCAGCAACGCAAACACACCGGUAGCAGGACCCAGGAACAAAAAGGCCGCCGUCACGAUCAUUGAUCUUUGCUCCGACGAGGAUGAUGAUGAACCAGUGUUGGUAAAGGAGAAGCCUAUUUUCAAGAUAGCUGGGCAAGGACCUGUCGCGAAAGACCCUCUCAGCUUGUCUGACAAGAUCGGAAACGUGGACACGCCAAAGCCAGAGCAGUUGAACCAUGAGCGCAGAGGCAAGCGGAAGGUGGUGGAUCUCAGCAGCGAUGAGGAGAGUGACUAUGCCCCGCCGUCUGAUGAUGAGGAGCCUAGUUCCCCUGUCAUGAUGGACGAUGCUCCUGAGCCUAUAAAGAAGCAGACAUCUAGGCCGGCGACAAAGAAGGCUAAACUUCCUCCACCACUACCACCAGCUCUUGCCUCAAAAGGUGUGUACAACAAGGGAAAAAAUGGCUUUGGCUUCACGAGCUUGCAGAAAUCGAAACCCAAGGUCAACAGCCAAGCUGAUGUGGCAUUACCGACUACCCCACCGCGUAUGCCCACCAGAAAGCCUCAGCCGACGACACCAUCUACACCGACACCUGCGUCUCAGAGGUCCAAAAUUGUUACGUCAAAGACUCAAGGAGCAACGGUAUCGCGCUCACCCCGAAAAGCCAAGCUUGAUGCAUCUGCAAAGAUUACGCAGCUCAGCGAAGCCGAAUUAGAAACUCGGACCAGCAUUGCUAUCGACGAAGCGAACCAGCGCGAGAGAGCAACAGCUGAAGCUGGAGUUUUCGAGCAAGUCAGAGGUGGCAUGCGGGCCAUGUCAAUCACACCGGCGCCUGGCAACGCUGCAGAGGACGUAGAAAUGCUGGCCGACGUUUCAGACUCUGGUAUCACAUCCCCAAAACACGGCGCUGGAUUGAUUUCAUGGACAGACUCUCGCUUCAAUGGCGACAGGUAUCUUGCCAAGUCUCGCGCUGCUCGACCCAUAGUACAAGACGACUCGGACGACUACGAUGACCCGGACAUCAGUAAGUACAGCGUCGUCGACGGCGUUAUUGUGCAUGAGGCGGAUCGAGAGAGACUGCGACUGACGCAAGAGCAGGAAAGGCUUAUGAGAUCAAGAGGGACAGACGGUGGCAGUCGCGCACGUGCAGUGACCGCAGUUGAGAUGCCGGAGCAUGCUCAGCGGAUGGCUGGGCAGAGUGGGAGGCGCGCGAGAAAGACUAUGAGGUGA